CCAGCCAGACAUCAGACUCCGUUCAGCUUGACUUAACUUACUUGUAAUUGUAACUUGGAUUAAACUUAACGAACAAAAGAAAUGAAUGAAUGAAUGUGUCGAGUUAAAGUAAGCAAGUAUGUAUUAACAGAGGUGUUGCUUUAAAAAAUUGAAAAGACGAAAAUAUAAUACUUAAUAUUUAGAUAACAAUUAUUAUUGUGUAUUCCUGCAAACGUAUCACAAUGAAAGAUACGUUUGCGUGCGACUCGGUUAUUGAUUCGCCGACUCGCGAAAGUGUGAAAAUCAUCGACGGUUGUUACAACAGCAAUAUUUUCAAAGCCAAGCCGUUUUUAAGUUCCCGUCGUGCGCUUCAGUCUAGCGCUGAGAAAAUAUCAAAAACGUUCAAAAGCGUUCGAAACACUUUCGGAAAUUUGUCGCAGCAUUUCAGAGUGAGCGGCAGACGCAGACACAGGCUAGCGGAGGCUGGAUCUCCGUGCAAGGGUCCUUCAACACCAGUCACCAAGAAGAAGGGGUUGCUGGGCAGGAGCCCGGCCAAGCUGUACAGCCCAUUCGGCAUUGAGACCCCGCACAGCCGAGACUUCCGCAUGUCGCCCUACAUGCCUGACACACCAGACGGGUUUUCACCAAAGAGACGGGUGAAUGUCAGUCAGUCGUGGCACCAGUUGGCGAAGAAGAGGCCGCGGGCACUGUUCCGCUGAGCCCUGAACAGCCGGUCAGCCUGCGCUAUAUCCCCCACCGCUUACUGUAAGGUCCGCUUGGUGCGCAGGUAUCAUGGCAUUGAAUGGGACUGGUGCUACCCACAGCGGGACACUAACAGUGUUUAUGCACUUUUUAUAUAUUUAAAACCUGCUACUACUUUUUGUACAACUUUAUGUAUUUGUAAGUCUAGUAUUUUGGAUAUAAUCGCAUUUUAAAGGUUAUCAUUGAUGUUAAGUGGGAAAGGAAUUUUGUAUCCACUACUUGCCGAUGGGGAGCUUGUUGUUUACAUUGAGUGGAGCAGCUUAAGAGAUAAGAAUGUUGAAUGAUGACGGAACAUGUACUUAGCGAGGCGGCAUCGGGCGGCGGGGCGGGGGGGCGCGGGCGGAUUUAAAGUUUCUGUGAAGAAGAUACCACACGCGAGUAUUUCACGAAUAAAAAAUUAACUUCAGGACAUUCAUUUGAAUUUCACUAAUAAGACUUUAAAAGAUGAUAAUCAAAAGGGAUAACUCACGGUGCUUCACUUUACCUGCUAACUAUCACAAUCCACAGAUCCACUGAUUACCUCGUAAAUGAGUUUCAGCGACACUGUGAAUCUCUUGUCAUAUCUACUUCAACUCUUGUCAUUACUCUCAGCAUAAUCUUAUCUUCUUUCGUUUUUCUUUCUUAUCCAGGCACCAUUUUUUAUUUAGUAUUGUAGCCUUUUCAAUGAAAUUCUAUUUGUGGAUCCCUUUAAAAAAAAAAGAAAAAAUGUUUAUAAAAUGGCAAUAAAAAAAGGUUGCUAGGGAAGGGCCGGAGCUCACGUGGCCCCCUCUCCUGAUGCCCUCGCGCAUAUCCAGUAUUAUAAAAGCCAAAAUUAUACUCGCUUACAUUUUAACUUAGUAUUUAUAUUAAGCUUCUCUGUGACAAUAUUUAUAUCUCACUAUUUAAUAUUUAUAUGGUAGCUUAAGUCUGUGCUCAUUUUUAUAUAAUAUUGAAUAUAUUUUAAGGCAAUUUGCUGUAAAAGUGUAAGUUUAAAGUUCUUUUUUUAUUUGUGUCCAAAGUCUGAACUAAAUAUACGCGGUGAGCAUUGUGUGGUGCCGACUGAACUGACAGCUGUCAGAUGUUCACCUCACUGACUGACACAUUAAUGACGUUUGACUGAAACUGCCUAAACUUGACAUUGAAUUCGUUGAUUACAUUUUUUAUUUUUUAAAUAAGUGAAAAUAACAACUUUGUUAAUUAUCUAAACUGUACGUGCAUCGUUGUUUUCUUAUUGUGUUUGUUUCAUUUUUUAUUUAUUUGUGUGCAAGGAUUAAAUA